AUGGCCCUGCACAUCCUGGUGGUGCGCGCCACUGGCUCGGGCGAGGAGUACCGGAGCCACCACGUCGCGGAGCUGGUCGCCACGGAGGUCGAGACGUUGCUGGACUGGGGGCAGGAGGACCUGGGACUGCUUGCAGGCAGCAAGUGGGCCGAGGUCGCCUUGGCCUGCAAGGCCGACAUCGAGCAGGAGUUCUCGGAGCUGCAGGAGGUCAUCGGCGAUUUCCUCGCGCGCCACAACAUCGGCCUCACAGAGUUCCUGUGGGCACAGAAGAUACUCAUCUCGCGGAUGGUGCAGUUUGCCAUGGCCGAUGGCUCCUUACUCUGCGUGCUGGGGCUGGGGCAGGACAUGUUCAAUCACAGCCCCGACGCCCCGUGCGGCAACGACGACGUGAACCUGGAGGCGAGCGAGCGCACGGGCGACCAGCUGCUGGUCAUCCGCGCCUACAGGGAUUUCCAGGCGGGCGAGCAGGCCUUCUACUCCUACAGCGCGGCGUCCAACGGGCGCCUCCUGAUGAACGCGGGCUUCGUCUCAGGGGCUCUGUACGAGGGCCUGGCGCGGGGCCUCGACGCGGGCCUGCAGCGGCCAGGCUGCGCGGUGGUGGCGGAGGACGCCAGGCCGGAGUUCCUGGAGCUGCUGCCUGCCGACCGCGAGCUGCACGAGGAGGCGUCCCAGGCUUCGCUGCACGUGCGCCUGGGCGCGCGGGGCGCGCCCCCAGCGCAGCUGGAGCGGGUGCUGGCCUUCCUGCGCCUGGGCAGGCUCUGCUGCGGCGGCGGCGCGCCGAGCCAGGAGGCGCUGGCGCGCAGCGACGCGGACGCGGGCGCGCGCAGGGGCGCGCUGGCCCAGCUGCAGGCGAGCCUGUCGUCCCUGCUGCAGGGCUACCCGGCCUCUCUGGAGCAGGACGAGGAGCGGCUGCCGGCCAUCGAGGCCGAGGCCGCCGCGGCGGCGGCGGGCUCGGGAGCGAGGCGCCGCGCCGCGGCGCUGCGCGUCGUGGCCGGCGAGAAGCGCACGCUGAGGGCCACGCUGCAGACUGUCGGGGCGAUGCUCGAGCAGGCCUGA